AUGGCUGAACAAGACGAUGCAGCACAAGUGUUGGGGGAAGAGGAACAAUCGGAAGGGGAAGUUGAAGAAAAUGAAUCCUACGAAGGGGACGACGAACAUGUCGAAACAAGCGACGAACAAGAAGAACCCGAAGAAAAUAACGUAGAAGCGGAAAAAUGUAGCGAAGACGAGAUGUACAUCGAUGAUUUAUGUGAAAGCGAUGACGAAAAAGAUGAAAAACACGCUUUAAGCGACGAAUUAUUUAGUAAAGUACUUAGUGAUUUAAUACAAUUAAAAUCGCGUGAUGAUAAAAGAAAAAAAUCACACCUUGUUCCGAGUGUAACAAAAUUUUUAAACACAACCAUUACAAAACGUUCGAUUUCCAAAGAUGUCAAAAAAAAUAUGCUUAAUCUUUGUCAACAUGUACAUCGGGGAAAAAUACCUGUGACUAUAUCAAUUGAUAGUAAACGUUUUCUCGGGCAUUUGCUGGACAAGCGUACGCCCAAAGAAGACGUUAACGUCGCAUUGAGCGAGAAUUUAUUAGUUCAUUCGAUAUUACGCGAAGCUCUUGAUCUAAUAGCCAAAAAAUGA